AUGUCCAAAAACAACCACUCCGGACAACCAGAGUCCUUCACCCAAAUGGGCGACACAGAUCUCGAAACAAUCGGCCGCCACUGCCAAUUAGAAUACUGCGGUCAACUAGAUUUCCUCCCAUUCCGAUGUGAAUCCUGCCGUAGCACCUUCUGUCUCGACCACCGCAGCGAAACAGCCCACAAAUGCACCCACGCAGGCGAAUGGGCGCGACGGCGCAAUGGCAACACCUCUACCCAACAAGAGAACCGCACCGCACCCGAGAAACCCAACAUCUACAACACCGAUCAAUGUGCCCACGUCGCUUGCAAAACUCUCAUUAAUACUCUCAAAGACCCUGCCGUCCGUUGUCCCAACUGCAACCGCCAAUAUUGCCUCAAACACCGCCUGCGCGAAGAACACGAUUGCGCCAAGCUUACCCCGCUGGGCGCACGCCAAGGCAACAAUGCCUCGCCGCAGGAUACAAUCAAGUCGAUGUUCGCGAAGGUCCGCGGUUGGGGAAAAGAGAAACAAACCGCCACUGCCAAUCUCAUCCCCAAGCCUAAGGUUAAGCCGAAUAGCCCUGCUGCGCGUAUGGCGAGUGUGAAUGCGAUGAAGCGCUCCGCUAAAGGAGAGGCCAGCGUUCCGGCUGAUAGAAGGGUAUACCUGCAUACAGUUGGAACGGCAGAUACACAGGCUGCGGAGCCACCAGCUGGAGAUUUCUUCUUCGAUUCUAAGUGGAAGGUUGGGCGGGUGCUGGACGAUGCGGCGCGAAGACUGGCUGUGGUGAAUAAGAAUAAUCAGGUUGGAGGGGAGGAGGCGCGACUGCGGAUCUUCCAUGUGGAAUCCCGGGACUUUUUGGAGUUCUCGGAAUCCAUUGGAGAUGGGAAGAUCAAAUCGGGUGAUACGAUUGUCUUGCUUCGCGGUGCUGGGGUGGUGCUGGCCAAUUCAUGA